AUGCGUUACGAACUCAUCUUCGCCGGUGUCGCAGCCGCCUACAACACCUACGGUUAUGAGGCCUACGGCGACAACAAGGCCAGGUCCAGCGCCCCUGCUGUCAAGUACUCUUCCAGCGCCCCCGCCCAAGGUGGCCACGGAGACGACUACAAGACCUCUUCUGCCAUUGCCCCCAGCAAAGCUUCUUCUAGCUCCAAGAUCGGCUACACCACCAUCACCCCCGGCUAUGGAAAGCAGCCCGUGACUGUCACUUCCCAGUACCAGCCUUACCCUACUUGCGGCGCCGCUGGCUCUGAUGGCAAGUCUUGCGAUAAGUAA